GUGGGCCCUAUAAGUUUUAUAAAAAGGAAUGAAUCCCUGUGCAAGAAAACAAAUGGAAAAUAAAUCGUUGUGUCCUAAUCUUUCAUUAGGGUGGUGGAGGUUUGGGCAGUGUUUUAUUUAGUAAAUGGAGUGUACAGUGUGCACUCCAGCUGCGCUGAUAAGGAGACAGGAGUGUGCUCGGUCCCUCUAAGCCCCUCCUCCUGCAUGCGUCAAUGGACCUGCUGCUCUGAUUUGCUGUCGCUUGGAAGCUGCAGGAGUUGGGGGGUGCGGGAGGGAGGUGGAGUUUACGAGAGGCAUUCAUGGCCAUCAUGGACAGCUGGUUUGUGUAUGUCUGUGUCUCUCCAUGGCGCCUGUCCCAUGAUUGUGUGGUCAGGUGACGGCAGCACGGCUAAGACAGCUGCACUAAGCUCAGCACUCAGCACGCUGUCUGGGCCUUAAGCUUGAGUCUCUGACACACACACACACACACACACACACACACGUACGCCCACACUCUGACACGCACAGUAACACACACCCACACUUGGAGACCGAGACUAUGAUCAUCCGUGUCCUCAAGGUCCAAUGGGAAUAGCUCUAAUCUGGUCUGUAAUUGCCUUUCUCAUCAGAUGGAUUUUCUCCAAGAGACGUGGCGCAAUCUCCUACGACAGUUCUGAUCAAACUGCUCUGUAUAUUCGUAUGCUAGGGGCUUGUGUAAUAUUCAAACAGCUGUUUUCAAGAGAUGUGAGAGUGAGGAGCCAGGUAGGAUUUGAACCCGAACGAAGAGGCUCGCACCCGUACCUGGGUGUCGAUUUCCGCACCUUACACUCCCGUGCCGAGUCAGCGGGAUCGAUUCCAGCCCGGAGGAUCCGCAGGCUUUUCAGUUUCCAGCGUCACCUCCUGUCGUCCCGGUUGCUGCGGGGAGCUCCACACCUGAACCCCCUGCACAUCCUGGAUGAAGAUUACUGCGGACAAGCCAGGUGUAUGUUGGAAAAGGUUGGAAGCUGGAAUUUUGACAUUUUCCUCUUCGACAGGCUGACAAAUGGAAACAGUCUCAUCUACUUGACCUUAUAUCUGCUAAAUCAUUACGGCUUAAUUGAGCUCUUCCAGUUAGACAUGGUUAAAGUACGCCGCUUUUUAGUUCUGGUUCAGGAGGAUUACCACAAUCACAACCCGUACCAUAACUCAGUCCAUGCUGCUGACGUGACCCAGGCCAUGCACUGUUACCUGAAGGAGCCCAAGCUUGCCAAGUCCCUCACUUCCUGUGAUAUCCUCCUGGGCCUGCUGGCAGCAGCCACUCAUGACCUGGACCACCCCGGGGUCAAUCAGCCUUUCCUCAUCAAAACCAACCAUUACCUAGCCUCUUUGUACAGGAAUACCUCAGUUCUGGAGAACCAUCACUGGAGGUCUGCAGUGGGUUUGCUACGAGAGACCGAGCUCUUCUCCCACCUUCCCGCAGAGGACAGUGUGAACAUGGAGAGGCAGCUGGGGUCUCUGAUUCUGGCCACAGAUAUCAGCAGGCAGAACGAAUACCUGUCCAGGUUCAGGACGCACCUGGACCAGGAGGAGCUGUGUCUGGGAAACGCCUCUCACCGCCACUUCAUCCUGCAGAUGGCCCUGAAGUGUGCAGACAUCUGUAACCCGUGCAGGCCUUGGGAACUCAGCAAGCAGUGGAGUGAAAAGGUGACUGAAGAAUUCUUCCACCAAGGAGACAUCGAGAAAAAGCACAAACUUGAAGUGAGCCCACUGUGUGACAGCGACACGAACUCUAUAGCUGAUGUUCAGAUCGGUUUCAUGACGUACGUUGUGGAGCCGCUGUUUGCCGAGUGGGCUCGUUUCUCGGACACGCGGCUCUCUCAGACCAUGCUGGGUCACCUGUGCCUGAACAAAGCCAGCUGGAAGGCCCUGCAGCCGGAGGAGGCCGAGUUCGAGCAGGACAGCGGCUCCAGAGCCUUACCUCAGGGAAGCGUCGAGUCCUGACACUGCCUCGCCCCGCCCUGCCCCGCCCUCAAGCUUCAAUCACUUCUGAUUUGCUCACCUCCCAUCUCAAACCAACCACUGAUUUAUUUAAUUUAUUUAAUUUUAACACCGUUUUAUUUUUCCCUUUGACAUAGAGCAAUACAUGGAUACCUCAUUCAGCUACUGCUGCGAUUUUCAUUCUUACUCUUACUUUUUUAAAUGUCAUAUUUUAUUUAUUUAAAUUUUUUGGGUUUUUUUUGUUUUGUUUCGUUUUCAUCCGGGGGGAGCAUUGCUAAUCGAACUCGGCUGGGACUGGGGAACGCUGAACCCGAUGGAUCCCUUCUGCUGGGUCAAAAGUGCCAUUUUUUCCACCCCUUAUGGAAUCGCUCAAACACCAAGAGUAUUCACGCGACAAGUUUUUAAACGACUGCGCCAAGAGACGGUGUGUGAGUGUGUGUGUGAGUGUGAGUGUGUGUAGGUGUGCGUGUGUUGGUGCAUUUUGCAAACGAAUCUUCCUUCUUGUGUACAAAACUGAAAGAGAAAAAAAGACAAAUGUGAAGAGCCCAGUCAUUUGCUGCCUCUAUACGAAGACUGUUUACAGAUUGUCUUUUUUGUUGUCAUUGUUAUAAAUGAAUCAUGUUGGUUCUGUGAUUUUUUUUUUUUUUUUUUUUUUCUUUUGCCUUUAAGCACAGAUGUGAAGAACCACUUUUACAUGUUUGGAACUGUUGUGUUACUGCUGAUGUACUGAACAAAAAAAAAAAAAAAAAAAAAAGAAAAAGAAAAAAAUCAACCAAGGGACUGCACUUGAGUCAGUCUGAAACGCCAGAUGCCAUACAAGCGCCAUUUUGUGCUCCAUUGUGAAAUUUUCUCCCUGCACUCCAGAUUCUGGUGCCACAUGAUUCGGACACGCAGCUGCUUCUGCUGUGAAAGGACCAGGGACCGGCUUUCCUCCUUUCCCUCCUGAUCUUCUCCCCUUGAUCAUCCCCCCUUUCCCCUCCAUCACUCUACACACUCAUCCUCUCUUCCCUUCCUUCACUCUGCCCUGAUCCUCUUUCUCCUCCAGCAUUCGAUUUAUUCAUCCUCCCUUUCCCUUUCUCUUUAAUUACUCCACCCUGCCGAUCCUCCGUUUCCCCUGCUUCACUCGCCCAGUGAUCCUCCCUUUCCCCUCUGUCACUCCAUCUACUCAUCCUCCCGUUCUCCUCCAUCACUCCACCCACUCAUCCUCCCUUUCCCCAUCACUCCACUUUCUGACCUGACAUUUCCCCUCCAUCACGCCACCCACUCAUCCUCCCUUUCCCUUCCAUCACUCCACCCACUACCCCAUUUUCGUGCCACUGCUCCUCCCUUCUCCCUCCAUCACUCUGCCCUCCGACCCUCCUUUUUCUGCUCUGUCACUCCACCCCUUCACCUGUUUCCCCUCUGUCAUUCCCCUCUCUGAUUCUCCCUUUCCCCUUCGUCACUCCACCCACUUAUCCUCCUGAGCCCUGGACCGAGCCUGGUGCCACACAGGACAUGUAGCUGACUGGAAUCUCCACGGAUCUCGCUCAGGGUCUCGCAAACCUGCUCAUCACUCCGCUGGAAGAAAAGAGGAAGCGAAAGGUGCCUUUUAUAGGUAGCUGUCCCCUCCUCCGCCGUCUGGUAUCUGCAGACGACAGACGUAGAUCUAGACUCCCUUUCAGAAUGCGUCUCAGCCACAGUCGAGCUCUCCAUCCAGAAGACUGCUUCAAAAUGAUGCCUUAAAACUAUGCACAAAGCUAAGUGACCAAACCAGCUUGUAUUUUCAUUAAAGCGCAUCAUCACGUCCGUUUGAUUCUCGUCCAGCCCUUUGCCUUCUGUCAUGGGAGAAUUUUUUUAAAAUAUUAAUAUAUGGCGGAUAAAUUGAUUUAAUAAUUAGUUCUUCUUUUUUUUUUUUUAACAUUGAACAUUCCAUUUUUUUUUUUUUUUUUAACUCUGUACAGAUGGUGCAGUUGUGUUUUUUUUGUGCGUCUCUUUCCAGAUUGAAAGAGAGCAGGUGCUUUUUUUCUUAUUUUAGCCGAGUUGUAUUUUUGUUGUAAGUGCUGUAAGACUGUUGAUUAAAAAAAAACUGUUUACAAUUUGUUGUAACAGCCAUUUUGGGGAGAAGACUUAAGUGUCAAGCCAUUUUGUAAAGGCUUUGUCGUACAGACUUUUUGAUACAUGCUUGUUGCAGUUGCAUUUUUGAUGAAUAAAAAUUGUUGACAUGAUGUUUCAUGGUACAGAAUGACAA